ACACACACGCACACAUACACACCGGCCGCAACAUGACGGGCGGGCGGACAGACUGACAGACCGGGGCACCGCCGCUCCGUACGGAUUAUUCUCCCCACGCCGGGGCGACGCGGCGGAGCAGCGACCCAGCGGGGCGGGGGCGGUGCCGCACCGCGCUGCCAGGAGGGUCCCAGCCCCCGCCGGCGAACGGCGAACGCGUCGGGCGCUGGAGGAGCCCGGCCAGGUUAUUUUAUUGGCUGUGAAGAACCACGGACCCUCUGUGCCCUGAUGGGGGACUCGGGAUCCAGACGAUCGACUCUUGUAUCUCGGUUGCCAAUAUUCAGGAGAAGUGUUAGCCGGAGACACGACUCCCUUCCUUCCUCGCCUUCUUCUGCCAAUGCCAUUGGUGUCCACACCUCCUCCCCAUCCAGCACCAACUCCAGCUCAGGGAGCACAGGAAAGCGCCGGAGCAUUUUCCGCACUCCUUCCAUUAGCUUCCAUAACAAGAAAGGGAGUGAGCAGAAGCCUGACUCAGCGAGUCAGAAUGUUAACGUCUCAAAUGGUGCCCAGUCCUCUCUUAGCACUUUUCACAAACUCAGCUUAGACGAGCACAUAAAAAGCAGAGGAAGGCAUUCAGUUGGCUUUGGCAGCUCACGUAACAAGAAGAUAACAAGGUCUUUGACAGACGAUUUUGAAAAGGGAAAGGAGCCCUCAGCUAAUAAGAAUGUUUUUAUCAAUUGCAUAAGCUCUGGGAAGAAUGAGGGUGAUGAUUCGGGCUUUGCAGAAGAGCGAAGCCGAUACUCUGUCAAACAGUCCACACGAAAACUUCUCACUAAGUCUUUUUCAUCACACUACAGAUUUUCCAAACCAGUUCCGGAGAGUCAAUCAGUUUCCUCUGUGCAGCAGCCCAGGUGCUUGCUGGAAGUUAAAUCCUACGUGGAGAGUGAGCCUGUGAUGGCCAGGUCGUCUCCUCCGUGCUCGGCUGAGACGACGGAGUGCAUGGGCAGCUCCCUGCAGUCCCCGCUGCUCUCGGCUGACCUCACGGCUGCCCAGACCCCCUCGGACUUCAUCGCUCUCACUGAGGACUCUGUUUCAGAGGCUGAUGCCCUGCUCAGCAGUGGGCCUGGGGCACUGCUCGCAGAGGAUUUUGGCCACGAUGUCUCUACCUCUCAGGUCUUCUUUAAUCCUGCUGCUGCUCCUGUGAGGGAGAGAGAGAGUGUGCAAAGUGCUGGCCAUUCUGUUGGUGUAUCUCCUGUGAGUCAUGCAAGCUCGUGCAGUGUGGAGUCCAGUACCUUAUUCAAAACCUCAGUUGCUAAUCAAACAAAAGUACUGUUGCAAGCCAAUGGACUGCAUAUUAAUGAUGCCAGGCACAUAGAAAAAAUUAACUCAGAAAAUGCACAUUUAGAAACCUUGAUGUUAGAGCGUAGUGAAGAACCAGUGACGCGCUCUCCAAAGGCACAGGGGUUGAGUGGCAGCAGAGAUGAAAGCACUCCAUCCAAGCACAUGAAAAACACAAUUCCUGUAGUGGAGUCAGACUCUGUUCCAUGUUCUGAACCUCAAUCCUUUAUAACACAACAGGGUUAUGAACCAAACCAUUCUAAAGUUGAUAUUGCCAACAGCCUCAGUCCAUACCGGGAGGGCAGAUUUGUUGAGAAACGCCUGAGGUCCUCUUCAGAAGGCACCGCUGGGGGCAGCCGGCUGAUCAUAAAACCAAAGGAUGGAAAUGCAGAAGAGCUUAACAGCCUAAGGAAGCAGAGAGCAAGCUCGUCCUCUUCCAAAAUGAACAGCAUGGAUGUUUUGAAUAACUUGGGUUCCUGUGAGUUGGAUGAAGAUGACCUAAUGCUUGACUUGGAGUUCCUGGAAGAGCAACAUCACCAGCGUUCUGUGUGCCGGGAAGACUCAUACCAGUCAAUAGUGUCAUGUGCUGCUGUAGUACUCACCCCUGUAGAGACCACAGUGGAUACAAGGAAAAAAGAACAGAUGAUAAUGCCUGAUGUGUCCAAACAGAAUCUAUCCUUGAAGCUGUCGAAGGAGGUGGAGCAAGGAGAAGCCAGGUACCCCCGUGUCGGCCAGCUGGCUGGCAGCCCAUCUGUGGAGUGGCCUUUCACUGGGCUGGAAGAAGGUGGAGGCAUUGAGUCUCUGCCCUUCAGACUGAUGCUCCAAGACUGCACGGCUGUCAAGACAUUGCUUCUGAAAAUGAAGAGGGUUCUGCAAGAGAGUACAGACAUGAGCCCAGCUGGCAGCACAGCCUCCCUCCCUGUCAGCCCCCUUCCUGAGGAGCCACUGUUUUUCAAGGAUGGAAUAAAAGAUGAAUGCUCAGUGCUGAAGCUGCAGCUGAAGGAGAGAGACGAACUCAUAGCCCAGCUUCGUGAGGAGCUGGAAAAGGCUCAGUGCUUUCAGAAGGCUCUCAGUUCCCAAGCAGAUAAAUCCACACAGACAGAACUCGUUGGCCAUGAUACUAUAUAUCCAAUCAGAACGGCGAGCCAAAAUCUCAGCACAAGGGACAGAAAGUCAGCACUUACUCCCACCGAGGACCCUUUUAGACACCCACUGGGCAACCAAGCAGCAGCGUAUGAGAGCAAGAGCUGCCAGCUGUCUAAUUUGUGUCUGAGCAGCCUCCUGAAGGAGAAGGAGAUCGUGGAAGCCAUCAAGCACACCCGAGGCACGUAUGAGACCCUAGCCCCAGAGGGUGUCCAGAACGGUUUGGCUGUCACGGCGCCCAGCCCAGCCCAGCCAGCAUCCAAGGCCGACGGCUUCCCCGUGUUCCCAGGAGCUCCCAAGGACCAAAGUGCCGUGCCUCGGCAGCACAGCACCUUCACAGGGAGACUGGGACAGCCCCCCAGGGGACCCAUCUCCUUACACAUGUACAGCAGGAAGAACGUUUUCCUCCACCACAAUCUGCACACGGCAGAGCUACAGACUUUAGGUCAACAAGAUGGCUAACAAGGUGCUUAUUUUCUUGCCAUGGAAGGAGAGUUGAUUAAAGAGGGAUGUAAGCUCACCUAGAGCUCUGUCUUCAGUUCUCAUCUGCUGCUACUUUCAUGUGAAAAAAAAAAAAUAAAAAUUACCUUUGUCUGUAGGUUCCAUAUUUUCCCACCUUGGACUGAGGCAAAAGGAUGAAUGAGAUUGUUAAAUAACUCAGCUAAUUUGUCAUGCAGAAGUCGCCAUGAGUUCAAUAAAUGGGACCAUUUGGUUGGCAUUGCUAGUCCAAUAUUGGCUAAAUAUAUUUUACCCCUCUAUAAGUCACUAUGAUUCCCUGAAGUUCUAGAUGAUCUUAAAAAAAAACCUGUAUGUUUAAUAAUAUUACUGUUAAAGUAGAUGUGAGGAAUAAAUAGAUAAGUAAUUAGUAAACCCUCUUGAAUUUCAUAAAGAUUAGGGAAAUAAGGAGUCAGAAAUCUUUAAGGACCCUCUUUUUACACAUUUUUUUUAAUACAGUGAAAUUUGGUAACUUACAGAGCGUUACCACUUCCUGCUGUAUGUGUUUCAUGAGUGCCUCAUGCUACAAGUGGAGGAAGUAAUUGAUUUUCCACUAACAGGUUCAUAGAGAGUUGCCAGGUAUUUGAGUCAGUAAAUUGGGUCCCAGACUGAGGAUGUCAGCUUGUUUCCUCAACCUUCCCUUCCCUCUUCACACUUCUAUUUAACUACAUUUCUCUGAGUGUUUCUGUUCUAUGAGGUCAUGUCAAGUUGUGGUGAUCUUUGUGCUUUACAGGCACUGUAGCACUCAUGAUGCGAUGUGACAUUCUGCUGUGUAAUUCAUCCUAUAAUUUCAUUCCACUUCCCAAACCAAAAAUGUGUGAAAGCCUAAAGUAAGAGAAAUCAUCUUAUUAACCAGGCCGAACAACCUGCAUCAGUCAUAAUUUCUGUGGGCUGUAUCAUCUGCACUUCAGGACCUGUUGGUUUACACCAGCUCACUGGGUUUGUUAGUCUUGACAUGUAACAGACAAGUGAGAUUAAUUUAUUGCCUGGUCUCUGGGAGUAUGAAAUCAUCUGACCAUGCCACAGAACCUGGAGACCUGUCGGUUGCAAAAGAUCUGGUUUUCCCCUCUCAGAGGCUUGGGAGCCUCUCAGUCAGUUACUCCAAACAUGUCAAAUAUGUGAAACAUGACACUUGGUCUACAACCUCUCUGGUGCAGGGUAAUCUGUUUGAGUUACAAUGGCACAUGCAGUGAGUAGUUUAAAAAUAAUAUUGCAUAUUUAAGUACGAUUGAGGCAGAUCUGAGACAAGUAACUUCUCUCUUCAACCAGUGAUUAAUAAGGAAAGACAAGGUUGCAGCACAUUCUCAUACACAGAAACAAGCAAUUGUGACUUAACAGGUAGCAUAUAAUGAAAAAUAAAGCUUCUGUAGCCACUAAAAAUCUGCAACUUUUAUAAGUUAAGUUACAUAGAGUAUACAAAAUAAAGACAAAAUUUUACCUAGUGUUAAAUAUAUCUGCUUUACUGCUUAAUAUUUGGAUUAUUACAAGGAAAUUUUAUUAACACGGCUUGCUUAAACUAAGAAAAAAUUGGACCAUUAUCUUGGCAGAUAUUCUGUAAAGUAACUUCAGCAGCCUGAAGUUUCAGGCUUCUGUUCAUUGAGAAUUUUAUUUUUAUUACAGCGGAAUUUAUCGUAUUAUCUGUUAUUGAAGAGAGCAGGUUUUGUCUAAAUAUUCCGUAGUGAUAAUUUUGGGUAUCCAGAGAUGCAUACAUAAGAACCAAGACAAACAUUUGCCAAAAUGCUUCGUGUUCAUGUGUUUAUUGAUACUGCCAAAACAGAAUGUGCAAAAAUUGCAAACACAGCUUUACCGAAUUAACUGUGGGUAUUCAAGACUCCCAGCCCUGCAUUGAAACUCAUAAUUUAAAGUCUACCAAACAAGUUUAAAAUAGUAAUAAGAUAAUUUCGCUACUCAGAAUCACUUCUUCUUCUUAGCAAUAUCUUAAAGUCAUGGUAGACUGAAAGGACAAUUAAUUCUUGCUAUCAAUUCAUUUCAGUAUUGCUCAUCUCAAGAGCUCAUGUAUGCAAUUCAAUUUCAGAUCUGUAAAUAAAUUAAACAGACACUGUAAUCAAGGAAUUUUUUUCCAUGAUACAAAUGUACUGUACUACAUUAAAAAAAAGCAAAACAAAACAAACCAAUACCCUCUUCAGUUUUAGGUUAUGUUCUGUAUCUAUAGUUGUUUUUUUCCUGGGAAAAUGGACUUUUGGAUUACACUUUAUUAAAAAAAAAAAAUCCGUCUAUAAACUUCAAAAAUAGCAUUUCAAAUGCUACUAUUUUCUUGGAGAAUCUUUUAUAGAGCUGAAACUUAAAAAAACUGGAAAAAACAGUUCAAUAAAUAUGAGGGAUAUUUUUAAGAUGUCAUCUUGAAGCUGUUUUGUAUCAGUAUUUUCAGCAAUGUUAUGUUAUUUGUAAUACUGAGUGUAAAUCUCACGCAGAGAAGGGUAUUAGCCACAUGUUAAUGUACAGCACAGCAGUAACUGUAAAAGAGGUCCUUUCUUUGGUCCUCUCGUGUAUAUAGGAAAUCAUAAAGCAACAGCAUGUGGACAUUCUUGCAGUGAAUUGAUUCCUUUGUACUAAAAAUCUCUAGUUUUUUAAGAGUUCCAUGUACAAAAUGAUUUAUACAUUUCUCCAAGGCUGUACAUAUCCAAAGACAUGACACCGGGGGAAAAGGCAUUUAUUAUUUUUUUCCAUGGAUGCACCUUUCUUCCCUUCUUUUUUCUCUCUUUCUGUACAACAAAGUGUAACUGCAAAGUUUCUGCUUAAAAUGACUUGUUAGUUCCAUGUCUUUCAGUGUGAUAGAGGGCAUUGUAAGGAGAAGGAAAUCCCCGAAGAAAAAGUGUUUCUACUUGAAGCAGUGUUCAUCCCACUUUUUUAGAGGAAUCACUUGGCAAAAGAAACCUUAGAUCUGUGCCCUAAAUAUUUUUUUAAUAAUUUACCAGAGCCACACCUGAAAUGUGCUUAUCAUCAUCUCUAGCCUUACCCUGACUAGGACAUGUUCAUAAGACACAAUAACAUGCUAGGGGCAGCCCUGGUGAUAAAUUCUUGAGAUGGAAGGAAAAGAUUUGUCCAAUACUGUUUUUAUG